ACUUUGCGCAUGCGCCCCAGCUCUUGGAGGACCUGCGGCUCCGCCCCAGAGGCCGCCAUCUUCUUCACCACCCGAAAGGCCGGACCUACUCCCCGGUGCAUCCUGGGAUCAGGGCGGGGCCCUGAGCGCCGCCAUGUUUUUGUACGGCAGGAUCGCAAAGCACGCCGGGACCGGUUGGCUUGGUUUUGAAGACGUGGAUGGCGGGAAUUCUCGCCCCUGGCCUGGCAAGGACAUUGAGGUCCCUAUCACCGCUUGCCUAGACAACUUCAUGGGAAGGCCCUUGGCAAUCUGAGAUGGAGCAGGCGAACCCUUUACGUCCAGAUGGCGAGUCUAAAGGAGGUGUUUUAGCUCACUUGGAAAGGCUAGAGAACCAAAUGAGCAGAUCCCGUAAACAGUCUGAAGAGCCGCAGAGCGUGCAGGCUCAGGAACGUGUUCUUGGAACCAAGAUUCAGAAACUAAGGCAUCUGCGAGAUGAUCUGAAGGCUGCGGUGCGGCACCGGCGAGGCAGCGUGAAAGCAUGUAUUGCCAAUGUAGAACCCAACCAAAUAGUGGAGGUCAAUGAGCAAGAAGCAUUGGAAGAGAAACUGGAAAACGUGAAAGCUGUUCUGCAGGCGUAUCAUUUUACAGGCCUCAGUGGUAAGCUGACCAGCCGAGGAGUUUGUGUCUGCAUCAAUACUGCUUUUGAGGGGAACCUAUUGGAUUCCUAUUUUGUGGACCUUGUCAUACAGAAACCACUCCGGAUACAUCACCAUUCAGUUCCAGUCUUCAUUCCUCUGGAAGAAAUAGCUGCAAAAUACUUACAGACCAACAUCCAGCACUUCCUGUUCAGUCUUUGCGAGUACCUGAAUGCUUACUCUGGGAGGAAGUACCAGGCAGACCGGCUUCAGAGUGAUUUUGCAGCCCUCCUGACUGGGCCCUUGCAGAGAAACCCACUGUGUAACUUGCUGUCAUUUACUUACAAACUGGACCCAGGCGGUCAGUCCUUCCCGUUCUGUGCUAGAUUGCUGUAUAAGGAUCUCACAGCAACUCUUCCCACUGACGUCACCGUGACAUGUCAAGGAGGGGAAGCAUUAUCCAGUUCAUGGGAGGAGCAACGAGCAUCUCAUGAAACUCUGUUCUGUACGAAGCCCCUGCAUCAAGUGUUUGCCUCAUUUGCAAGAAGAGAAAAGUUGGAUAUGAGUCUGGUCUCCUAAUAGAUUGUUUUCACUGCACUGGGAACACCUCAGAGAAAUAAACCCCCCCCUCCCCUGCCAGGUAAAAGGAAAUAUUGCACUUUCUGCUCUCAUGACUAAGGGGACAGGGGUUCCAGAAGAACCUUUCAAGAUGAUGAGGAACACCAGGACGAGGGCCAUCUCACCUCACUUGGACCACAUGGAGACCACCAGGUAUCCUGCUUGACCUACCUUCAGAAUGGGAGCAAAACGUUUGCCAGCCAUGUCCCGCCCCACCAAGCCCUGUCUGAAGCAGAGCUUCCCCACCUGUGUUCCCUCCACAGUCCCAGUCAGCCCACUGGCAAAGGCCACUUCGUCCCAGCUCUGCCACCCUCCUGCUCACAGUGGCCAGGGCCCCUCAGGGGCAAGAAUGGCAGGAAUUGGAACGAGGGCUCUGGAAGGACUGUUCAGCCCUACGCCUAAGACCCCUGCGCUGGGGACGCUACAGGCACAUGGAGGAAUAGCAGGGCCACCCUCAGAGUUCACACGUCCAUGAACAAACGAAGGCUGAGGAGAUUUCUAAACCUAAAGUCCACGAGUGUGCACUUCAAUCCAGGAAGGCCAGGACUUCCUUCAGUUCCAAAAAAUAAAUUCUCCCUUCCGGUU